UAGGACUAUGACCAGCGCAUGCAAAUACUGCAGCAAUCGCAAACGGCAUAUUUUAUAUGCAUAGUGGUCUGCCAGUGGAUGGACGUGAUUUGCUCAAAAACGCGCAGGGUCUCUAUAUUUCGCCAGGGAAUGGGGGUGAACAAUGUUUUAACCCUGGUCCCACCGACACCUUGGGUAUGGCUGUGCGGUUUACCAUUUUUUUUGUAUUUGUUGUGCUAUGAAGAGUUACGUAAAUUCCUGAUACGUCGGUAUCCGGACUCCUGGCUGGGCAAAGAGCUGUUGAUUUAA